GCCUCGCCACACGCGGGUGGACAGCAUUGCCUUCCUCCAGGGCAUCUCCAGACGGGUUUCCAGUGGAGCCGAGGCUGAGAGUUUCCUGUCGAGAUGACUGGGCUAUUCUACCCACACCUGUUGAGGAAGUUUGGUGAGCGGCCUCCACCUAAACGACUCACUAGGGAAGCUAUGCGAAAUUAUUUAAAAGAACGAGGAGAUCAAACAGUACUCAUUCUUCAUGCAAAAGUUGCACAGAAGUCUUAUGGAAAUGAAAAACGAUUUUUUUGUCCUCCUCCUUGUGUGUAUCUUAUGGGCAGUGGUUGGAAGAAAAAAAAAGAACAAAUGGAACGAGAUGGUUGUUCUGAACAAGAGUCUCAACCCUGUGCAUUUAUUGGAAUAGGAAAUAGUGACCAAGAGAUGCAACAGCUAAAUUUGGAAGGGAAGAACUACUGCACAGCCAAAACACUGUACAUAUCUGAUUCAGACAAAAGAAAACACUUCAUGUUGUCUGUAAAGAUGUUCUACGGUAACAGUGAUGACAUUGGUGUGUUCCUCAGCAAACGGAUCAAAGUCAUCUCCAAACCUUCCAAAAAGAAGCAGUCGCUGAAAAAUGCUGACUUGUGUAUUGCCUCAGGAACAAAGGUAGCUUUGUUUAAUCGACUUCGAUCCCAGACAGUUAGUACCAGAUACCUGCAUGUAGAAGGAGGAAAUUUUCAUGCCAGUUCACAGCAGUGGGGAGCAUUUUAUAUUCAUCUCUUGGAUGAUGAUGAGUCAGAAGGAGAGGAGUUCACGGUCAGAGAUGGUUACAUCCAUUAUGGACAGACUGUCAAGCUCGUGUGCUCAGUUACUGGCAUGGCACUCCCAAGAUUGAUAAUUAGGAAAGUUGAUAAGCAGACAGCAUUACUGGAUGCAGAUGACCCUGUAUCACAACUCCAUAAAUGUGCAUUUUACCUUAAGGAUACAGAAAGAAUGUACUUGUGCCUUUCUCAAGAAAGAAUAAUCCAAUUUCAGGCCACUCCAUGUCCGAAAGAACCAAAUAAAGAAAUGAUAAAUGAUGGCGCUUCCUGGACAAUCAUUAGCACAGAUAAGGCAGAGUAUACGUUCUAUGAGGGGAUGGGCCCUGUCCUUGCCCCAGUCACUCCUGUGCCUGUCGUAGAAAGUCUUCAGUUGAAUGGCGGCGGGGACGUAGCAAUGCUUGAACUUACAGGACAGAACUUUACUCCAAAUUUACGAGUGUGGUUUGGGGAUGUGGAAGCCGAAACAAUGUACAGAUGUGGAGAGAGCAUGCUCUGUGUGGUCCCAGACAUUUCUGCAUUCCGAGAAGGUUGGAGAUGGGUCCGGCAGCCAGUCCAGGUUCCAGUAACUUUGGUCCGUAAUGAUGGAAUCAUUUAUUCCACCAGCCUUACCUUUACCUACACACCAGAACCAGGGCCGAGGCCACACUGCAGCGCAGCAGGAGCAAUUCUCAGAGCCAACUCAAGCCAAGUGCCCACCAACGAAUCAAACACAAACAGCGAGGGAAGUUACACAAACGCCAGCACAAAUUCUACCAGUGUCACAUCGUCCACAGCAACUGUGGUGUCCUAACUACCGUCUUUUUGCUGGGACUUAAACUGACUUGAAUGCGGCAAAAAGUUGAAAGAAAGGAAGGAAGGAAAGAAAGAAAAGAAAGGCAAGGAUAAAAUGAACAAUUUUUUGUGGUUUCUUGGGAAAACUUUUCAUACCAGGUGAUCUAUUCAAAAGCCCCUUACCUGCAAGUACUGAUGUGAAAUGCAGAAGCCACAUAAAAUGAAAAACAUCAAAAUGUACAAACUGUUGGAAAUGAAGGUUUUCAGCUGUCUCUCUCACACACACCCCUUUUUUGGUUGGUUUUUGUUUGGUUUUGAUUAAAUGGUCAAGAAAUGGAAAUGUGGCUGGAGUACAGGUUAGGCUAGAAGACACACAUCUAACAUAGUUGUUAUGGACCAAGGGACUUACAUCAGCUUUAGUGAAAGGUACACUUCACCAUGCCUUUUUUAUAUCACAGUGUAGUACACCUUGUUACCAAAUAGGUUGCGCUCCCACCCUUUGAGCGUUGGCUCUGAAGUACGUUCAGGUUCGAGCCUGACCAUGCUUGUUCAAUCUGAGUACCGAACACUUCCAGGUUCUUUUGAUCUAAGGCUGGAACUUUUUUAAGCUGAAGUCUUAUGACUUUUUCAUACGUUGGAAUUAUUUUGAUUUCAGCAAGUCAAAUUUUGUAAAGGCCUGCAUAUUUUUUUUAAGAUUAUAUGAAGUCUGCAAAAAAGCUUUAAAGAUGCCUCUGCCUUGCCUGCAAUACAUGCAAUGUAUGUUAACUUAGUCUAUUCUCAGAUACUGUUGUUAGUUAUUUCUGUAUUUUCCUUUUUUUAAAAAAAAUGUAUUUAUAGUGGUAAUCUAAGAGAUUCUAACAUGUAUGUGGAGUUCGGUGUGGCCAUUUAGUCGUUUCUGAGGUUAAUGGCACCGUGGGCAUCACCAUUCGAAGGGUGUGCCUCUGCCUGCUCAUCAGUCGGUCGUGUUCCAGGGUUUGUUCAGGUUUCCCUUCUCCCCCAAAUCUUGUACAUAACUUGUAUUAUGUGUAAGUUAAACAUUUUAUCUUUAACUUGGAAUGUUCCCAGUGAUUACAUUCAACAGGGUGUUUCCCACCUUGUUAGCAAAUGAUAAAAAAUAUCAUGAGAAUUAUUUGCUACCAGGAUGGUGCCCUUAGGGUGAAAUGAGGAAAGUCUCUGCAGGAUGAUUUAUUGUACUUCUUUUUUUCCUUUUUAUAGCCUAGGCCAAAACAUCAUUAUAAUUUUAAACAUAAGACCAUGAAAUGGCUUUUAUUAGAUGAUAACUAAGUAAAGUGAACUAAAAAUAGCCAGAAGACAGUAUCUUAGAAACAGAUAGUUGUAAGUUUAUAAAACUACAAAUGUAACUUAUAUUUCCAUUUUCCUCUUUGUCCUUUGUUUUUCCCUAGUAGAAAUGUUCUGUCCAAUUUCCUUUUCUUUUCAGUUAAGCUUCAGUUGCAUUCAGGCUUUUGUGUCAGCCUUGUGUGCUAAUAGUGCCAGUUUUAAUUUGCUUCUAUCCCUGCACGUUGGUGAGGCGUUGUUCAGUUUCUUGGGAACUGCAGCAGACUUAUGUGGCUACGUUU